GGAGAUCGUCAAACUGCUGUUGGCAAGAGAUGGAGUUGGUAUGGACUCAAGGGAGGAUGAUGGUUGGACGCCGCUCACGCAAGCAGCUUGGUCAGGACACGUGGAGAUAAUCAAGCUUCUGCUGGAGAGGGAUGAGGUUGAUGUGAACUCAAAGGACAAUGACGGUCGGACGCCAUUCUGGUAUGCCGCUCAAGAGGGACGGGUGGAGGUUGUAAGGCUAAUGUUGGCCAUUUAUGGUGUGGAUGGCGACUCGCAGGACCACGAAGGUUGGACGCCGCUCUCACGUGCAGCGCACCAAGGGAAUGCCGAAGUUGUCGAGUUAUUAUUGGCGAGGCACGAUGUAGACUCGCACAAGAAUUGUGAUUCCACUCCACUCACUCUUACAGAUAAUCAAGGGAAAGCACAGUCCCCACUCUCCGAGACAUGCAUGCCACUGGCUUUCUCGCUCCGACUUCCAUACCGCAAAGAAUUAGCCCGUUUGCUUGUCAAGAAUUUUGUAAACUUCAACAUCAACUGGAAAGAUCAGAGUGGUUUUACACCUCUAUGGAUAGCGACCUGGCAUGGUGAUGAAAAGACGGUGGAAUUUCUAUUGACUUGCGGCAGGGUUGACGUGAACAUGUUUCCGACGGAGAGCAGUGUCCCGCCAUUGUGGGCUGCAGCAUACCGUGCUUUUAGCGAAAUGGACGAGAUCUUGGACACGAGUUCUUCCAUCUAUCAAGGUGUGAAUAGCAAUGACAUAAACGGUGGAAAGAGCAACGACCUUCAGAGCGUUAAAAAUGCCAGUCUCCAGCAAGGGAAUGAGGCAGUAUUGCGACUACUGCUUGAAAGAUCUGAUGUUGAUGUGAACUGGAAAAACAAGAACGGGGAAACACUACUUUCCGUAGCAGCGAAAAAUGGAUCCAAAUCUCUCGUAAAAAAGCUGCUUUCUAGACAUGACAUCGACGCAAACUUGCAAGAUAAUAAAGGAGACUCACCGAUGCACCAUGCAGUACAUUUUGGGCAUAAGGAGGUGGCCGCUUUACUUGAGGCACGGGAUGACGUUGUACCCAAUUUGAAAAACGUUUUGGGUCAAACCCCCUGCAGCGUCGUGUCACAGGACAGUGAUGAACAGAAACUGCUGGAUGCUUGUACACAAGAGGCAAUGGUGGAGCUUCUUCCUGUUCAAGCCAGCAUUCCCGUUGACUCAGACGUUGACAAUGGAUCAAUGCCUUUGAUGCUUCCGGCAGUGAAGCCGAUUGAACAGCAACCCCCCAAGGCGAGUCAUGAGAAUGAAGUGACAGCACUAGUUGAAGGUCCGAAGGAGCUUGUGUCAAGAUGCAAGAUGAUCCGGAAGAUACGUCAGGGACUGGUUAAACUACCUUGGAUGAAAUGAUGCCAGAAACCACGAAAUAAUACACUGAAAUGAUGUGUGAAUAUUAAUAAUAGCAUGGCCCUC